AUGGGUGGCCAGACAGCCGGCUUCCGGAAGUCCCAGCCAGCAAUGGCCAACACGACGGCAUACUGUAGCCGCGAGGAUCCGACGGCGUUUUACAUGAUCCACGACUACCAGAUUGCCGGUCUCAUCAUUUUUGUGGUCGGUUUCUGCGGCGCCACGGCCAAUUACACAGUCGUGUUCCUGAUUGACAAGGUGUCAAGCCUGCAAAACGCGUUCGGCCGUCUGACGCUGAAUCAAGCGAUUGGAGAGGCCGUUCAUCUCACCGUCUUCACGUUCUACUUCGCGCCAACCGUGUUUUUUGAUAUAAAGCUGUUGAAGUCACCGGAAAUUUCGCGGAUAUUUGGGCAUAUAAACUUGAUUUGCUAUGAUAUAUGUAUCUACAGCCAUCUCGUCAUCUCUAUCAACCGUCUGACGGCCAUCUACUUCCCCUUCAAAUACAACAUUGUCUUCAGCGAGACGAACGUCCGGAUUACGGUCAUUGUCAUCUGGAUAUUGGCCGUUUUGCCCACAUUCUAUCUGUAUAUCAUUGAGGAUUGCCGCUUCAUCUAUUCCGACGACUUUUGGAACUUUACGUUCACCAAUUCACCUGCUUGCGCGUUCAUUACCUGGUACACCGAUUUCUUGAAGUACGUCUCCACCGUCGCGCUGAUCGCCUUUUUGGAUAUUAUCACGUUUGCUAAAGUGCGUUUCUCUACGAGCAAGGUCUCGAUAAGUGACGCAGCGGCGCGGAAGAAACGCCAUGAUGAGAUCAAUUUCGUGAAACAGGUGUGCCUGCAGGGCGUGGUGUUCGUGCUGGAGUUGAACACGUACUUUAUCAUCGUCAACUACGUGGAGGGGAAGUGGAACAAGUUCUUCCUGACGACGUUCGCUUGGGAGAUGGUGCACAGCUGUGACGGGUACAUCACGUUGCUGUUCAACAAGGGCUUCUUCCGCGUCAUCCGCUCCCGAAUUCAGACUUAUGGAUCGACAGACACCCAGCAUCCGGUGACAAUCGAAAAGCACAGCACACAACAU